AUAGGGGGUCUUGACUUUCCCUUUCCCAUCGCCGCCGCCGCGUCCGUCCUUUCUGCAUACAACCGUUGGAAGAGGUAACGUCGUAGCAUGGAUUCGAAUGAACUCAAGCAAGUGGAGAUGCUGUGCACGGCGUUGUACCAGUCAAGCAACGAAAUGGAACGGUCCAUGGCCCAGCAAAGCAUCCUAGCAUUGCAAAGUUCUGCCGAGCACAUUCCGCGAUGCCAGUAUAUCUUGGACAACUCCACGUGCAUGUAUGCAUUGCUAGUCGCGAGCACGAGUUUGACGAAGCUCAUCUCGACGCACUGGAACAAUUUCACGCCGUCCCAACGCAUCGACAUCCGCAACUACGUGCUGGCGUACUUGGCGCAGAAAGGGCCGAACCUUGAAAAGUACGUGACCACGUCGCUCAUUCAGCUCGUAUGCCGCCUGACCAAGUUUGGCUGGUUCGACGACGAGCAAUUCCGCGAGCUCAACCACGAAGUGUCCAAGUUCCUCCAAGCCACGGUGGACCACUGCAUCAUCGGGCUGCAAAUUCUCAACGAACUCGUGACCGAGAUGAACCAGCCCGUGAGCGGACGCAACCUGACGUUCCACCGCAAGAUCGCCGUGGCCUUCCGCGAAGCAUCCUUGUACCACAUAUUCCAAGUCGCGCUCACCACGGUCAAGACACUCCAGAUGAAAAACAUCCCCGGCGCGUCGCCCGACCAGGAGAGCCGCAUGGCCGACUUGGCGUUGAACCUGGCGAUCAAGUGCUUGUCGUUUGACUUCAUCGGCACGAACCCGGACGAAUCGUCGGAAGAUGCCGGCGCGUUGCAAGUGCCGUCGUCGUGGCGGCUGCUCAUCCAAGAACCUGAAACGAUGCAGCUCCUGUUUGACUUUUACCACAGCUCCGCCGCGCCCAAUUCCGCGCGAUGCCUCGAAGCGCUCAUGCUGCUGGCAUCCGUGCGUCGGUCGCUGUUUGCGCCAGACAAGGAGCGCGCCACCUUUUUAUCGCACUUGUUGGCCGGCAUCUGCCGAAUCAUCUCUACGCAGCAAGGACUGUCCGAACAGGACAACUACCACGAGUUUUGCCGCCUCCUGGGUCGACUCAAGUCCAACUACCAGCUCUCCGAGUUGAUGAAAGCCGACUCGUUUCAAGAAUGGAUGGACCUGACGCCGACGUUCACAGUGAAGUCGUUUCAGCAGUGGCAAUGGAGCGCCAACUCGAUCCACUACCUCCUUGGGCUGUGGUCCCGCCUCGUUGCGGCCUUGCCGUACGUACGCGCCGAGCGCAAUGGCGCGGCGUCCGUGAGCUUCCUCGAUCAAGCGAUUCCCCGCAUCGUGCAGUCAUAUGUCCAAUCGCGGCUCGAUUCGGCGCAGCAAGUGAGCCAAGACGAUGGCCUCGACGACCCCCUCGACGACGAAGGCAGCUUGUCAGAACAGUUUGACAAACUGCCCACGAUCUGCCACUACAACUACCGCCAAAUCGGCGAUUACAUGCUGCAAGUAUUCGAUUCGCUGCACGCGCAAUACCAGAACGUGGUGACCAACUCGAUGGGCGGCGAUGACGGCAAUGCCGACGAUGAUGAUGAUAGCAUGACCCGCGGCCUCAACGGACUCGAGAUGCAGCUGGCGUGGCUGAUUUACAUUGUCGGGUCUGUUAUCGGCGGCCACUCGUACACGUCGGCGCAGCUCAACGACGGCGACGAGCUCGUGGACGCGGACUUGUGCCAGCGAGUGUUUCGCACGAUGAAGGUGGUCGAGCAUCGGCUGAUCAACUCUGGCGGCGCGCGCAAGUGCCACGUGCACUUGGAGCUGGCGCUGCUGCAUUUCUUUAGCUACUUUCGGCGGUCAUAUAUUGGCGAGCAGCACGGCAUGCCGUCCAUGUCACAGCUGACCGUCACGUCCCCGACUGCGGCCUCGUCGUCCGCUGAAAAUUCCAUGUCGGCCAAGCACAAGUCGUACCAGCGCAUGUUUGAGCGCAUGGGAUGCGGCGAUCACACCGUCGUCGUCAACAUGAUUGUCACGCAUGUGGGCCAGAAUCUAAAGUUUUGGGGCGACGACGAGCGCGUGAUUUCGCAGACGCUGACUUUGUUUCUCGAUAUUGCGUCGGGGUACUCGUCGGGGAAGCUGCUGCUCGGGCUGGACACGGUGCAGUACUUGAUUAGCCACCCCACGGCGGAAGAGUUUCCGUUUCUGGCUGUACCGUCCAAUACGCGGCACCGCACGAGCUUCCACAGCACGAUCUCGAGGCUGCUGUUUACGACCGCGUUCGACGAGUCCACGGACCGCUUUGACGAGUACAUUGCGCCCCUCGAACAAGUGCUCGCGAAGCUCAUGCACAUCCAAAACUACCGCCACCCGGACGUCCGCGAAGCCAUCAUCGGCAUGUGCCGAGACCUCCGCGGUGUAUUUAUUUCGACGCACAACAAACGCACGUACAACGCCAUGUUUGAUCUGCUCUACCCCACGUACAUGCCGGUGUUCACCAAGGCGGCCGAGGUCUGGUAUGACACGCCCAGUGUCAUGAACGCGCUGCUCAAGUUCCUCCAAGAACUCGCGUACAACAAGUCGCAGCGCGUAGUGUUUGACCAGAGCUCGCCCAAUGGCAUUUUGCUCUUUCGAGAGCUCAGCCGCGUGAUUGUGGCGUACGGCACGCGCAUCCUCAACCACCCCGUCCACCGAGACGCGUACGCGGAAAAGUACAAGGGCAUGUCGUUGUGCAUGGGCAUCUUGUUUCGCGCACUGGGCGGCAAUUAUGUGAAUUUCGGCGUGUUCAAACUGUACAACGAUGCUGCAUGGGAUCAAGCGCUCGAAGUGUGCUUGCAACUGGCACUGGCGAUUCCGUUGGACGAACUCAUGGUAUUGUCGUCGAAAUAUUUAUUUAUUUAUUCCUGUUGUUGUUUAUGUAUGAUAUUAGACAUAUCCCAAGGUCAAGACGACGUACUUUUUCUUUUUGGAGAUGCUGUUUCGCAACCAGAUCGUGUCGGUGGUAUCGCUCGAGUCGUCGGUGUUUUCGCAGCUGGUGCAGAGUUUGCACGAAGGCGUCAACUCGUACGACUUGACGAUCGCGGCGCAGUGCGCGACGGCGGUGGACCACUUGGCUUCGUUGUACUACCACGAAACCAAAAAGAAGAAGGACUCACCCGUCAAGCACGCGCUGGCGAUGCACUUGCAAGCGUACCCGUCGCUGUGGUCGACGCUGUUGUCGUCGCUGUUUAACAUUUUGAUUUAUGGCGAUGCGACGUCCCAGUGGGCGCUGUCGCGGCCGAUUCUGUCGCUGUCUUUGUGCAGUCCGGACGCACUGACGGCGUACCAGCACAGCAUCGCCGCGUCGCAAGGCACCGACCAGCACAAGGCCCAAGUGGACGAUGCGUUCACCCGACUGUAUCAGGAGAUCCUGCCGUCGCUCGAAGCGUCCAACCGCGACCGAUUCACGCAAAAACUGGGCCAGUUUCGGAAUACGCUGCGUAGCUUUUUGACCAUCUCGUAGAAAUAACCACAUCCCAAACAAGUGACAAUAGGAUGUGUGAUGUGCAAUCGACGCUACGAAACGAAGGACGAGUAACUUACCGCUACUGUAGCUACUGUACAUAUCAUUGAUC